CUCCUCGCCGCUUCCACCGCCUUCGCGGCUCCCACUCCCGCCGACAAGUCCAUGAUGGCGGCCGUUCCCCAGUGGACAAUCACCAACAUGAAGCGCGUCUGCAACAAGGCCAACACCGAGUGCACAUGGACCUUUGGCGUUGAUACCCACCUCGCCGCUGCCACGCCCUGCACAUACGUCGUCAAGGCCGCUGCCAAUGCCUCCCAGGCCAGCGGCGGCCCCGUCACCUGCGGCCCUUACACCGUCACGUCCAGCUGGAGCGGACAGUUUGGCCCUGGCAACGGCUUCACCACGUUUGCUGUUGUGGACUACGCCAAGAAGCUCAUCACUUGGCCUGCUUAUACCGAUGUUCAGGUCCAGGAUGGCAAGGUGGUUACGCCCAACCAGAGCUAUGCCCCUACUACUCUG